AUGCAAAGAUUCCGGAGACGACCCAUAUCUUGCUCUUCUAACGCUCAGAAACACGCCGUAGCAACAUCACGAAACGAGUCCCGCACAGCGUCUAUUGAAUCGACGUACAAAGACCCGCCUACCGACGCAUCCCAAACUGAUGAAACCGCAGAUAAACAAACAAACAGCACAACGUAUCCAAAAGCAAAAGAGGUACAGAGAAAAUACUAUGAUCGAAGUAGAAAGAACCUCAACCCAUUAAAAAACGGAGACAUUGUGAGAAUGCAACCGGUUAAGUUAGGCGAAAAGAAAUGGAAGAAAGGCCGCGUUGUCCAAAAAGUGGGGCUU